AACACUUGAUCCGCACGCGGAGCAUGUAUUAAAAACGGCACUGCAAGGGUGCAUCAAAAUGAGGCGGCGGCGCCAUGCGGACUGCGCCACUGGGACCUCAGGUGGAACCCCUGAUGAGGGGGUUCCACCUAAGGACAACCGAAUCUGCGGGACGCUCCCAGGACAUUUGUCCAUGCUCCAACUGCAACAGAGCGUUUGCCCAAGCCUCUGGCCUCUGGCUCACAUCAAGCCGUGAGUAGGACAUGAACGUGACCAUAGGGAGCUCGACCCGAGCCCGAGGCUCGUGCGAUGAGUUGAAAACUUUGGCGCCGAUGGCAGCAUGCCCUGCAACGGCCAAUGCAAAAGACUGCACUAACAGCGUGGCGUGGACGCCCGAUGGCCCCUGUGGCGAAGACGUCGACCGUGCCUGCUGCUGCGAGUGGAGCGGCGUUCGGCCUCUGCCCUCGCACCGACACGCCACUGCCAGUGCCCGCCGCAGCCGAGCGAGUGGCGCCGACCGAGCAGGUCGCCGAGCCGCAGGCGCCGACCGUCAGCUCGGAGAGAAGCAGGAGGAUGCAGGAUGGGAAGGAGCAGGAGAAUGCAGUGCCCCAUCUGGGAGGCCUAGGAGAAGGUGCCCGCAGCGGCCGGAGCCCCUCGCAGAGGCGGCGACAUGGCCUGGCUUGCCUCCCGCGGAGCGCCACGCCACCUCGCUCUUCCCUCUGUGGUGGUCGCACUCCUGCGCGAUCUGGGGCACGAGGGUGACACAGUAUAGGCUACAGGCCGCUGCAGAGCAAGUCGCCCGGCUCAGCUCCUCCGCC